AUGAGGUUUCUCGUUAGUACUCAAAUUCCUUCCUUUCGUGCUGUCGCAAAUUCGUCGACGUUCAUUCACUUCUGCGACCCCAGCUCCGAUGACCUGUCCAUACCAUUGAACGAUCCGGAGCCGGUGGACGUGUGGAUAUGCAACGGUCAAGAGGCUUCCACUGGCUUGAUGAACCAAUGGUUGAGCCAAGCUAGUCAUAUCACCAAGUCGAUUCUGGUGGAAGAUCCCACUGCUAUUCCCCGUCUGCAGGAAUAUUGCAAGGGCAACGUGGUUCAAAUCGCGGGAUUCCCGGAGUUUAAGACCGCUACGAUACCAUGGGAGGAAUUCAUCCUUCGAGAAGCGGAAAUGCUCUACUCGCGUGCACGCGUCAAGACAACAGUCCAUCAGCAAGAUAAAUUGAAAGUCGAGGACGGCAAGCCGAGUGUUCUGCUCGUUGGAGCGGGUAUCAUGAAUCUUAUUACGGCAGAAUUUUUAGCUGCGCGCGAUUACCGGGUGAGAAUCGUGGACGCGGGCCCAGACCCUCGAGGCUGCAAGGACUGGACUCGUUUGGGCGUCACCACCUGUGGCGGCAAUGCCCGUAUGUAUACCCGUACCGAAGCGGACAACUAUAACGAGAAAGGGAGCAGAAUAUACGAAAACAUGCAGUCAGUCUUCCGAAAAACCGUACGUAACGGCGGAUGGAGCAUCAAAUCCCCUGAAGAUUUCACCCCCGCUGAGCGUGCUUGGGUGCGUACGUUUGAACAGAUUCCAGCUUGGUUGGCGCGGGCUUUCAGGGACAAUAUCCACGAGGUCAACAUGGAAGCUGGUAAGCUCUGGAAUGAAUACAUUGAAAGCUGUCCACAGCUAUUUCAAGAGGUUGAAUUUCGCAAGGAUAUCCUCCGCAUGUACGUGGAGCCUGUUGCUCUGGACACAGCCCUCGCCCUGCAUCACCAGCUUGGGGCGAUCAUUCAGGACACCUCUCUCCAGGAGUUUCUUGACUCCAACCCCAGCUUCACGUCUGCAGCCGAGUCAGACCAUCUUGCGGGAGGGUUCACUGUGGAAGGGUUUACAGUGAACAUCCACCCUUUCGUGGCGAGGUUAAUCGCCCGUAUUACUGAGCUUGGUGGAAAGUUUCUCUGGAACUGUGAAGUGGAGGGCGUAAAGCAUAACUCCCUAGGCCAGGUGACCAUGUUAGAAUCGCGAGUUGGACUUCUAGAAGCGGAUCACUUUGUGGUGAGCCCUGGCGUGACUGGAAAUGCACUGCUGAGUGGAACGGACUGUGAGAACCUGAUCCACGGGGUCCUUGGAGUAUGGCUACAACUUCCAAACCUGAAUCGGCAGCAGAAGCAUUCAAUCAAGGUCCAUCGCCGCGGUCACCUCGUUGAAGAUAUCAAUGUUACUGUGACCAAGGAUAUGGAGACUGGUGAAGAUAUCCUUGUGUUUGGUGGAGGGUAUGGUUAUGUCGGGGAGGGUCGUCCCGCACCUGACUCUCCCGAACUAAUGGCCCUCUUUAAUGAGCUGGAAGAGGUGGCACGCAUCUACUUCCCGCAAGGAUAUGCAGUCGCAAAAGAUCGUGGCACCCUAUACCCCGGUGGAAACCGCAAGUUUUGCGUCCGACCAUUUACACCCACGGGCCUUGGGGUGCAUGAGAAAAUUCCCACAGCAAGUGGAGGUUAUCUGAUUAUCACUGGCGGAAACAACACUGGCGGUUUUGCACAGGCACCAGCUGUAGCGCGUGCAGUCUGGCGUUCGUUAGUGGGCGAGUACGAUCCUAUUCACGCUCUUUUUCACCCUGAUCGAGGGAGACUUCCCAUUGCCACGGCCUGCAAAUAUCCGAUUUCCAAGCCGUUAUCAAUAGAUAGUGCGGAGGUUCGCAAACCCGUGCGGCUGCUUUUGCUCUGCUCAGACGGUCCCCAGCACAAGUACCUGCGGUACCGUCUAGACCAGGCUUUCCCCGGCUACCACUGCAUUCUGGAAACAACCGACGGACAGGUACGUCGGUUGGUUCAAAAGCGCCGUAUAAUCGAUGCGGGCUACACGAAAUACCAUGGCAUACGACGUCGCUUCUCUGGGCACGAUCGUUACCGCAAAGCGUACUUUAACGACCUGAUGCCAAACAACCAUAUCCUCAGCACACCAGACCUCACCGUCGACAGCGUCAACUGCCGCCAGGUGUGGGAUGCGGUGGAACAAUGGCAACCCGAACUCACAAUCGUGUCGGGCACGAAAUUUAUUGGGAAGAAGCUAAUCGCACGUGGUGGACUCAUGAUCAACCUGCAUACUGGGCAUCUACCGGAGUAUAAAGGAAACCACUGCAUAUUCUUCGCUUUGUAUAACGGGGAGGUCGACAAGGUUUCGUCGACUCUGCACCAGCUAACGUCGACAUUGGACGGCGGGGACAUUUUAGAUAGGGUGGUUCCUCCCGUGGUUUCCACUGACAACGAGGAGACGUUGUACACACGGUGCAGUCAUUUGGCAGUAGAUCGAGUUAUCGAGCAUAUCGAGCAGUUUUCCAUUGGAAAGAAGCUCGAGUUCGUUCCACAAGAGGCAAAGGGGAAAGAAUUUCGGCAUCGUGACCGCACGCCGAUGAAGGAGCUGGGGUUAUGGUGGAAACUGAAAGUCGGCGGGCUGCUUCGCAAUCAAAGUCAAUGUUAA